AUGCAGGUCAACACAACAAGGCCGCAAGAAGCAGAGAGAAACAAAUCAGGCAGGCCCCUGGCCCCUGGCUCUGCCUGCUGGCUAGAGGAUCAGAGUGCAGGAGGGCAUCCAAAAUCAGAGAACAUCAAAGAUCCCGUACAAAGACAAGCCAUCAGAAGUCAGGACCCCACUGCUCGGCUGUUUGGGUUCCCCCACCAUCAGACAUUCAGCACAAUCAAGUCAACAUGUUCAAAUCAGAGCCAGUUCAUAUGCUCUCACACUCUGCUCAUCCAUCAGGAGAUCAGAAGCAAGGGAGCAAGAAAGAGUCAAACCAGUCAGAGGAGUGCCGCCUUUGCCCCUCCAGAGAUGCGAGGAGGGGGGGGCCAAGAGGAGGAUCAUCAGGCAGCAAGGCAUUUGCAUCAAGGAGGGGGGAUCAGUUCAGCAGGGGGGCAGAGGGCAGGCAUCAUCAGGAAAAUCCACAGCAGGCAGAGGCACAAGAUCACAGUCCUCAGAUCAGAUUCAUCAAAAGCAGGGAACAUCAAGGACCAAGCAACAGAGGUAGCAUACAGGAGGAAAGGCCCCCAGAGCAUCCAGGUCAGGAGAGGCAAACAUCAAGCCCAAAUCAGAUCAGGCAAGACAAAUUCAUAG